AUGUCUAGUUUCUCGGGUGAUAAAGUGCUAUGGCUCUGUCUGGGAGUCUCGCUAUUCUUCGCCGUGCGUGGGAUCGUUCACGAUCUACGCCGAGUCGUGGAACUCACGGAAAUCAAACAUGUGGAGAAAGAGGACAAGAUUAUCAGUGACGGAGCAGAGGAUGUAUUGAAGCUUGAUACUCUCCUGACAUUAUCUCAAAGCACGAGUCAUGAGCUACGAUCUGCUGCUUUGCGCAUUAUCUCCGAGAGAGCUACCAAAGGUCCAGCUCGCGAUCUGUUGCUAGAAGACUUGUCAUCCAAAAACAAAGACAGACGAGACAAAGCGCUGACGGCGCUGCAUUUUCUCACAUCGAAUCGCGCCUUGUCUCGAGCCUCAGUAUGCGCCAACCUGCAAGAUCUUGAAACUUUUACGGCGUUGAUUAAUUGCCUUUGCAACUUCCUCGACGAACACACAGAAGAGACUUCCUCGACCGUCUCGCCGAUUCUACCUAAAACCAGGCCAAUGGGGGAGAAGAAAGCACUUCUAAUACUGAACGUUCUUCUACCUGAAGACAUUCCUGAAGCUUUGUCAGCAGGGAUAGUAUCUAGAUGGCUGGUCAAAUACCCCUUCCCCUGUGCUCUUGACGAGUCCUCCGGGCGAGACAAUGUCAUUCUCCUCAUGAAGAAUUGGUGGUCCGACGAUGCAACUAUGAGCUCAAUACUCGGCACGUUGACCACACAUCCAGAAGGCUACGAACAACUUCAAGAAUAUGGACUGAUGAGUAUUAUGGGCGAUGAGUCGGAUGAGGAGAGGUACCGACGUCGGGAUGAACAAGAUGCGCGAGAACUUGCCGCAGCCAUUCAAGAUCUUGAUGAUGAUGACGACAGCGCGAUUUGGGAUUUCGACGAAGACUCAGAUGAGGAUGCCGAGGAGGAUAUGCCCAGGGAUGGUGACAUACUAAUGGAAGAGGGGGAAGACACUGCUGGACUAGGUUCGCGCGCUCCGUCACGAAGACUACACGAAGGGACAACAGAAGAUCAGGCUCUGAGACGGCGAAGGCGUGAGGCAAUGGUGUUGAGUGAAGGCGGUCGACCAUUAGGCCGUGAGAAUAUCAUUCAGCCCCCUCUCUAG